AUGUCCGACCGCAACGAUGCGGGCCUCUCACCCGCCGUUGUCGAGUCGAUCGCUGGCCUCUCCGCCGGCUCCGUCGCGACGCUCGUCGUCCAUCCCCUCGACAUUGUCAAGACGCGCAUGCAGAUCCACCGCAGCUCGACAGCGCCCAAGCAUACGCUGACGACCAUGUCCCUGAUCCGCUCCCUGACGCAGAACCCGCACCCCGUGGCCUCGCUGUACCGCGGCCUGACGCCCAACCUCAUCGGCAACGCCUCGUCCUGGGCGUCCUUCUUCUUCUUCAAGUCGCGCAUCGAGCGGCUCCUCGCCGGCGGCACGGACCGCACGACGCGCGACCGCACGCUCUCGACGCCGCACUUUCUCCUCUCGGCCGCCGGCGCCGGCGCCCUGACGCAGGUGCUGACGAACCCGGUCUGGGUGCUCAAGACGCGCAUGCUGUCGUCGGACCGCGGCGACGCCGGCGCCUACCCGAGCAUGCUCGCCGGCGCGCGCCGCCUCCUCGCCGCCGAGGGCUGGCGCGGCUUCUACCGCGGCCUCGCCGUCGGCCUCGUCAGCAACUCUAUGAAUUUCUUCAUUCAAAACACCGAGAAGUGA